GCGUAUUGCUGUCUUUACCUUUCAUCUUGCUCCUGACUACACGUGGUAAUUCGUCAACACUGAAAAAUAUUGCGUUGCUGCUAUGAGUGUCGUUCCGUGCCUUGCUUGGGUGAAGAGAGGUAUUGCUAAACGCAUACCUGAUAAAGUUGAGCUUGAAAAAGAAGAACUACGAAGAAUUAUUAGAGAAACAAGAGAAGAAAUUGAUGCCCUUGACAUCGAAGCUAAUGAAGAUAUAGAUAGCGACACUAGUGAUGAGGAGGAGAAAAAAGACAAAGAAGAGAAAGCAGAAGAGGAGGAACCCAAGCCAAGUUCCUCAGGACUUUCGCAGCAGAAACAAACCUCUGUUCCAGGCAAAAGGAAACAUGACGAGGAUCUUGUAGAUGAUGAUGAUGACGACAUUGUUGAGAAAUAUGGACUGGAAGAUUACGAUGAUGAAGAGUUCAAUUUCCACAGUGGUAUUGGUAAUCUGGUGUAUUUUGCUGACAAUAAGGAAGAUCCUUACAUCAAUGAUCAUGAUGAGCCUGACAGUGAUGAAGAAAAUGUGAUGAUAAAGCCAACAGACAACCUUAUCGCUGUUGCACGAACAAUAAAAGAUGCCAGCUUACUAGAAGUUUAUGUCUAUGAUGAACCGGACAGUAAUUUAUUUGUUCAUCAUGAUAUCAUACUGCCUUCUUUCCCACUGGCCGUAGAAUGGCUGGAUUAUGAUCCUAAUGAAGAAACAGGUAAUUAUGUAGCCCUUGGUUCCAUGAAUCCAACUAUUGAUAUUUGGGAUCUAGACUUGAUUGACAGUCUUGAGCCAGUUUUUACCCUUGGCACCAAUCAAAGUAAGAAGAAAAACAAAAAGAAAGGUUCUGUGCUGGGACAUUCUGAUGCAGUUCUAGAUUUAGCAUGGAAUCAAAACAGCAGAAAUGUUCUGGCCAGUGCAUCUGCUGAUUUUACUGUUGGUUUGUGGGACUUGACAGAGGCCAAAGCUGUAUCUUCCAUCAGAAAACAUGAAGAAAAAGUGCAGUGUGUGAAAUGGCAUCCUGCUGAACAACAGACCUUAUUAACUGGUUCUUUUGAUAGUACUGUACGAUUAUUUGACUGCCGGGAUGCUGGUUACAACCACAAGACUUGGUCAUUUUCUGGAUCAGAAAUAGAACGCGUUGUCUGGAACCAUUACAAUCCUUAUUUCUUUUAUGCCAGCACUGAUAAAGGGAAUGUCUACUACGUUGAUGUCCGUUAUGAUAAACCUAUCUAUACAAUAUCAGCACACACUGCUGCAGUUUCUGGGCUUAUCCUGAGUUCAGGUUUAGAGCACAUGCUUGUUACUUCUUCAUCUGACCAGACAGUCAAAGUAUGGGAUGUUAAAGACAAUGAGCCAAAACAUAUUGUCACCAAAGACUUGAAAUUGGGAGAAAUUAUGUGUGCAUUGCCAUGUCCAGAUUCACCAUUUGUCUUUGCUUUUGGUGGGCAAGGAAAUAUGAAAGUUUGGGACAUUCGCCAGAGUCCUGAGGGUAAGGAGAGUCAUUUGAUUUACUCGUGAAUGUUUCAGAUUGGUUUUUCUCAGCAUAUUUUACUUUGACUGAUCGUGAAAAAUCAACCAGCAUGGAGAAAACUGAUCGAGUCAUUCCAAAUUGCAUUGAUAAGAAAUUAUAAAACAGUAUUAAUAGUUAUCACCAAGCUAACAUGGCAGUCCAAGAAAAUAGGACGAAUGCUGUCAAAUGUAAUGUUUAUAUUGUUUUGGGUUAAUUGUGCGUUAUCUUGCAAUUUAGAGAUUUCAGUGAUGAGAUUGUUUAGUAUUAGAAUGACUUAGUAGGAUUGAGGUAAGAGGUCAGGGCUGGAUAUGGGCCAGUUUGAAUGCUAAAGGGUUAAUGAGGACAGCAGCCAGCUCCAGACAUACAUUGAGGGUGAUUCAAGACAAGAAUACUCUCAACCUGGUACGUGUGCAUAGUGAUGAGCCUGACAAAAUGGAAAGAGUUGGCAACUAAUCAGUUUUAGUGUGUGCAGUUCUUGUAGAGAAUUUGGUGCAGUAUUUCCAUUGAGUAAUCUUCUAAGGAAUAAAACAAGUUAAGGUAGAAAGUUAGCUGAAGAUCACAAAGGGAUUGUUUCAUCAGUAUGGAAUGCCUAAGUCCUGAUUGAAUAGCUUUAUCAAAGAUGUUCUUGCAACCAUGUUAAAAGUUACC